GGCGAUUAGAAUGCCGGUGCUCACAGUCUGUUUCGGAACUUGGCGAGCGGCGGACGCCCAACCAGCAAAAAGAAUAUAAUAAAACGUUAACUAAAACGGAGAUCGUUAAAAUCAAAUUAAGCACAAUUGUGUAUUGUGGUGUGGUUCAAUUGAAUCUGUGAAUAUUAUGAAAUUUUUUUAAAUAAUUAUUCGAUUGGAAUUGUGAUAUCAAGCACGAUGAAUAAGAAAUUGCAGAUUGUUUCGAGGCAUGUGCUUCGUCAAGGACCCCUGCUCCAGGCUAUGCGCAGUGUGUCCACCUCUAUGCCCGUUCUCAUCAGCCACCGACAUCAUAUUGGUAAAGAGCCUCUAGUCUAUCGCACUGUGGGCCAGCAGUUGGAGCUGACGGCGUCAAAAUAUCCUGAUACGGAAGCCAUCGUGUCCUGCCAGGAAGGUAAGAGGUACACCUUUAAGAGCCUGCUGGAGGAGGUCGACCGGUUGGCGGCAGGAUUCCGGAGACUAGGACUGCGGCCCGGGGAUUCUGUGGGGCUGUGGGCGCCCAACUAUAUGCACUGGUACCUAGGCAUGAUGGCAUCCGCCCGGGCCGGACUUACCUCGGUUGGUAUCAAUCCAGCCUUCCAGGGCCCCGAGGUGGCCUAUUGCCUGAACAAGGUGAAUGUCAAAGCAAUUGUGGCGCCGGAGACGUUCAAGUCACAGAACUACUACGAGAUUCUGCGCAGCAUUUGCCCGGAGAUAGAAGAUGCGGAUCAGGGCAAGAUCAAGAGCGAGAAGUUCCCGCACCUACGCUCCGUGAUCAUCGACAGCAAGGACAGUCUCAAGGGCGCCCUGCGGUUCGACGAUUGCCUGGAUCUGGCCAGCAGUAGCGAACGUGAGGAGAUCGGCAAGUUGCAGGCCAAGAUCUGUCCGGAAAGUGCCUGCAACAUCCAGUUUACGUCGGGCACCACCGGCAGUCCCAAGGCGGCUGCUCUCUCCCACUAUAACUUCGUGAAUAACGGCAUCCAUGUGGGGACUCGCAACCAGCUCGAGGGGGAGAGAAUAUGCGUCCAGGUGCCACUGUUCCAUGCCUUCGGGGUGGUGAUCACGAUCAUGGCCGGCUUGAGCAAGGGUGCGACUCUGGUCCUGCCCGCGGCUGGCUUUAGUCCCAAGGACUCGCUGCAGGCCAUCGUCAAGGAGAAGUGCACUGUGAUACACGGAACGCCAACAAUGUAUGUGGACCUCGUGAAUACACAGCGGAAGCUCCAGGUGCCGCUGGGCAGAAUCAAGAAAGCCAUCACCGGUGGAGCCAUAGUCUCGCCGCAGCUCAUCAAGGACGUCAAGGAAGUCCUGGGCGUUGAGGCUAUGCACAGUGUCUUCGGUCUGACGGAGACAACAGCCGUCAUCUUCCAGUCCGUUCCCAACGACAGCGAGGACAAAGUACUCCAUACGGUGGGCCAUCUGCAGGACCAUGUCGAGGCCAAGGUAAUCGAUUCCGAUGGCAAGUGCGUGCCCUUGGGCCAGCCCGGAGAGCUGUGCGUCCGCGGGUACGUGACAAUGCUGGGCUAUCAUGGCGAUCCGGAGAAGACCGAGGAGACAAUUGGCAAGGACAAGUGGCUCCGCACCGGUGAUCAGUUCGUCCUGGAGGCCAACGGAUACGGACGCAUCGUGGGUCGCCUCAAGGAGAUGAUCAUCCGCGGCGGCGAGAACAUAUUUCCCAAGGAGAUUGAAGACUUUUUAAACACCCAUCCGCAGGUCAUCGAAGCUCAUGUGAUUGGAGUACCCGAUGAGCGGCUGGGGGAGGAGCUCUGCGCAUUUGUCCGCCUCAACGAGGACAUUGAUCCUGCGACCUUCACCGUGGAGGCGUUGCGAGCAUACUGCAAGGGCAAACUGGCGCACUUCAAGAUACCGCGCUAUGUGUUCCCCGUCGAGGCAUUCCCCAAGACCACCUCUGGCAAGAUCCAGAAGUUUAAGCUAGUGCAAGAGUUUAAGGAGCGCGUGGGCCAGGAUCGUGAGGCCGUUAGAGUUUAGA